AAAGUUGUGAAAACAGCCAGCCCGAGAAGGGGAGUCAUGCAGUUGCGGAUGCAGCUCUCCCGCCGAGCCACAAGCCAGUCAGAUCAGUCAGGGGAGAGAGGGUGUGUGAGAGCAAGAUAGAGGGAAAGUGUGUGAGAGUGUGUCAGGACCAGAGGCUCCGAAGGACGUCAACGCACACUCCCAGAGAGAGAGGGAAACACGCUGUCACAGGAAGGCGUCUAUUCUCGCGCGUUUUGGGCUGUGGAAGAGUCAACAGCCUCUGACAGAAGUGAGUAUUCCUGAGGUGGAUGCAGUGAGGCGAUGAUGUGCAUUUAGUCAGCUGAAGUGGAUGCUUCUCAAGACUUGAUACAGAUUUCCAGUCCUAACUUACUUUCUGAGGGGGGGUUUCCAACUCCUCUGCAAAGGAAAAGACGUAAUAAGACAUUAAUCAAGAUUGUGUGAAGUGUUUUUGCAUCACCGCCAUGGAUCAGCCAGCCAGCAGCUGCAUGCGGAGCGCCCACCCCAGCAGCUCCAUCUGGGGUUGCAUGAGGAACCCGCACUCCGGGGUCCCGGUAGCCAAUCUGCAGUCGCCCUACCAGCAGGCCUCUUUCUCCCUCCACCAGAAGCCCGACUUCCUGGCCUACACAGACUUCUCCAGCUCCUGCCUGGUGCCGACCGCGCCGCACGCCGCCUACCCCCGCGACGACAGACUGUACCAAGAGAGCCAGCAGGGGGGUUACCAGAGAGCCGAGUGGCAGUUCAACCCCUGCGAGACGCGGGUGAGAGCGCCCGAGGCCUGCCCGGCCAUCGUCGCACCUGUGGUAGUAGGUGGCGGUGGAGGCGGAGGCGGAGGGCCUGAGCUGGACAGUGUAGGGGGAGACAGGAUCCCAGGGGCCGUGCCCGGGUGCCUGGAGGGAGAAUACUCGCCGCAGAGCGUGGCGUCGGCCGACUCCGACAAGAAGAGCUCCAAUAAGAGGAAGAGAGAUGUCACAGAUAUCCAGGAGUCCAGUUUUAAGGUGGACUCCAGCUGCAAGGCCCGGAAAGAGCGCACAGCGUUCACCAAGGAGCAGCUGAGAGAGCUGGAAGCCGAGUUCACCCACCACAACUACCUGACCAGGCUCCGCCGCUACGAGAUCGCCGUCAACCUGGACCUCACAGAGAGACAGGUGAAAGUGUGGUUUCAGAACAGGAGGAUGAAGUGGAAGAGAGUGAAGGGAGGACAGUCGUCUUCGCCCAACGACCAGGAAAAUGACGACAUUGACUCAGCGGCCUCGCCCAGCUCUGAAUGAACAAAGGGGGACGGCGUUAUGAAAAAGGAGAUGACACGGAGAGACUGGGGGUCAACUGGACGCCAACGCAGCACAAUGCAACCGUCACUCAUUUCUAUGGAAAGCUGCAGGAAUCAAUCAAGACUCUUUUUAAUUCCCAGGAAAGAAACCACAGAGCAUCUUCUUUUGCUGUUGUAAAUAGUUGAUUUAUGUCCAUAAUGAACUGCAUUUUUGAUACACUAUUGAUGAAUACUCUGUUCAAGAGGCCACCUCUUGUUGUGUUUAAAAUAUUAGAGAUGAUACUUAUGGUCAUUGUAGAUCAGUGACAAAGUCCAGACAGAAGCUUUAAGGCCAGUGAUGACAUAUCAGACUGUGAUGUGAUUGUGUUUGAGAGCAUCCCCUUUGGUUCCAGUAUUGUAAUCAUGGCCUUUGACGCUUGACUACAACCACCUGGGAAAACUCAGACUGCACAAGUGUUGCCAAGCCAUAAGUGCCUCCAAAAUCAAAUGAUUUUUUUUCAUUUUGUCAGUUUCUUUUUCCUAGAAUAUAGUUUUUUUUUUAAUCUGUCAAGCAUUUUUUUUUUACUAUUCUUUUUUUAUACAUGUUGAAUGUUAUUGAUAAAACACAGAUGUUGCCUGUUUCUGCAAAUAGAAUAAAUCAUCUGCUGGAAAAUGGGAAAAAAAUAUCUUGAUAAUUUCUUCCACCCGCAACAAUUGAGUUACGAUUGGACAGUAGAUACAUCUGUAUUCUUGGCUGAUGGUUUCAUCACAUGGAGACCUUUAGGUCAGACAUUACAAUUGCUAAGAAAAUAAUAACUGAGGAGACGUUUGCUCCCAUUUGCUUUUGAUGUUGGCAGCUGACAUCAAAGGUCAUAAAUCAUAUGUGAGUCUGCGUGUACUCUCAUGUCCCUUUAAGCAUGCAAAAGUAUUCUCCUGGUUCUAGAGAUACACCGCACAUAUCUCUCAUUUCCUUUUGGGGGGGAUUCAAACUCGUCUGGUGGCUGUUUCCCUGAUUGGACAACAACAAACAACCAACCAAUCUGAGCUUUAUAGUAGGGAUGCACCAAUCGGAUAUCGGGCCAAUACCGACUCAAAUAGCUGGAUCGGGUAUCGGUGACAAUGUGGCCGAUCUAUUCAAUGCAAUUCUAUGUUUACAUAUUAUAUACAUUACAUACUGGAAUAUGAAUUCCUGUUAAAGAUUUCACCAAUUUGUUGCUGAAUUAAAAAGGGUUACAGUUAAAUUGUAAUUCCUGUUAAUUUUGAAGAUUUUUUGCCAAGUUGCUGAUCUACGAUCUAUUAUUUUAAUAAUAGAUAACA